UACUAAGUUAAAGAAGUUGUAUAUCAAAUUUUACGCGUUUCAAACGAUUUGCCCGUAUAACGUUUUGCUUAAUGACAGACUGAAACGACCAUUAUCCGAUUUAGAACUGUCUUGAGGUGUGUCAGUGUGUUUGAAGUUGUAAGAUGGGCCGGACACGCAGAAGCAGACGAAGAAGAAAGAUUUCCGGUAGAUGCUCAAGAAUAGACUAUCAGCAAGAGUUGAGGACCCUUGGCAAGUGGCUUAGAAGCCAGGGAUGGAACCCAAAUUGUAAAUUAAGAGUGGCUGAUUUCGACAUUACAGGAAGAGGACUUAUGGCUGGGGUUGAUAUAAAGAGUGGUGACAAAAUUAUGAGCAUUCCGUGUGACAUACUGUUGACAACAAACACAGUGAAUUUGUCUGAUGUGGGUUGUUUAUUUCAUGGAACUGAUAACAUGUUUUCCGCGCAAGAGGUCUUAGCGACCUUCCUUCUUUGGGAACGUCAGUUGGGGUAUCACUCUAAAUGGUUCCCAUAUCUAGAUACUUUACCACCAAGUUUUUCAACUCCAGUUUUUUGUGCAGAUGAUGAAAUAAAAAUGUUACACAAUCACCUAUUGGAUGCAGUAGUCUCACAAAAACAAGAAGUCAAGGAUUCAUUUCAUAGAAUUAGUGAUUUAAUUUCUACUAGAAAGACAUGCACAUAUUGUGACAGUAAUAAAUUUUUGGACAGAAUGGAAACCUUUUUUACCGUAGAAGCAUUUAUGUGGGCCUGGUAUGUUGUCAACACACGCAGUAUAUUUUACCCGGUCCCUUUGGUGACGUCUCGACCUUCAAUUAAAAUUAAAGAUAAAAAUUGUAUGGCAUUGGCACCAUUUUUGGACCUAUUUAAUCAUUCAUAUGAUGCAGUUGUUGAUAUUGAAAUGAGCCAGAACAGUUAUGAUAUUAUUAGUAGAUCAUGCUAUUCAAAAUAUUCUCAGGUUUUCAUUAAUUAUGGUCCCCAUUCAAACAUGAAAUUGUUUUUAGAGUAUGGUUUUAUAAUUCCUUGCAAUCCACAUGACUCUGUUGAUUUGACAUUAGAAGACCUUGUGGAUGCUGUAAAGAGAACUAAAGGCAUAGAAUGCAUUUGCUCUGGAGCAAAAUAUGAUUACCUACUUUCUCACAAAUUAUUGGAAAACAUAUUUUUAUGUUCUGAAGGCUUAUCAUUUAAUGCUAGGGCUGCCAUAUACAUUUUGAUUUCACCCGAAGCCAGUAAAUUGGGAUAUAAAAGUGUGUACUCUUCUGAAUUCUCAAAAGAGGAAAUGUAUAUGUUGUGCAUGACUGGCAAAAAGUUGGUGUCAGUGAAACGUGUGGAAUAUCAAACUAUAUUUGGCAGGAUGAUUGGAAAAGAAACCAACCAGUGUACUUCAAGUUUUCAGGUUGCAAAAGACUUAGUUACAGAAUACUUGACUGUUUUGGACAAGUGUGAAGUUUCUUUAAGUGAAAUGUGCCAAGAUUGAUUUGUGAAAUGAUUGUUCUAAUACAGCCUUGUUUGCUGCUUUCACACAAAUCUGAAAUGGAAACACGCAGUUUAUCACGGCCGCCAACAACGGGUAAACCAUCUCCUGCAGACAAACCACCAGUUCGACAAUGUUUCCACCCUGGUACUGCAUCUCUUGCAAGGGAGGGGGAGCAGUUGGUCAAAGGUGGCCGGAAGAUCACUG